AUGUACAUCCCCUUCCAGAACAUCCUCGCCGGCUCGCUCGCGCUCACCCAGUCGCUCCUCGGCAGCGACCGUAUCGUGCACGGCAGCGUCAUGGACUAUGCCGUCGAGAAGUGUGUUGACAAGGACCACAAUGUGCGCUGCACCAAGCCGUUCGUCGUGAAGAAGAGCACGUGCUACGAGAUCAAGUGGAGCACGGACGGCGCGAUCAGCCACACCACUGCCGAGGUGCGCGACGCCGGCUCGAACGAGAUCGUAUACUACCGCGACACGAAUGGCAAGUGGACCCCGGACAAGGGCGAGCUCGUUUACCUCGACUUCAAGCCCAAGGUGCCCACCCAGGGAAACAAGACCGUCGACUACGAGGUGCGCACUUGCAAGUAG